GGAGUCAGUGAGCAGUGUGACACAUUACCUGUCUUCCUUUCAUAAAAUAAACAUACUGCAAAAACUAACGAAAAACAGUUUCAGAAAGAAAUUUAUGUGUUCUGGUAUCUUUAGUUAGAUUUUAACAACAACACUGAUUAGUGAAACAUAUAACAAACAAAGCUGCUCAUCUCUCAUUCAAUCAAAAUUUCAUGUAGGUCGGAAUGCAAACAUUGCUAACGUGUAUGUCACUCUAAUAGCUACAAGAGGAAAGUAUUUGCGGAUGGAAAAUAUCUCAGUCAGGAAAAUAAAGGCAGCCUCCUUGUGCAUGCAUUGAGACAUUCCCUGCUCUAAGCGUCUGGACACUAUUUUCUUCAAGCAGGAUGUCCUGCCAAGUUAUUUGUUAUUAUGUUGCUCAGUUUGAUUGACCCUCACAGAGCUUGUGACGCACACUCUCACUUCACGACUUCUCUAACAAGACAUGCAAUAGCAGCUGGGGUAGUCUCUGUUGGCUUAUUCUCUUGUCUGAAAGUGUGGGAGGGAUUCGAUGAAUGGCUCUGGUCCCUUUCGAGACACUUUUUUUUUAUUUGAUCCUUUUUUUUCCUUUUUCCAAAGACCACACACACAAUGACCUGCACAGUUGUUUUGUCCUGUGCUCUUUGCUGUUUCAGAAACACUGCACGGCCUUCAUUCUGUUGAUUCUGCAGAAAGGAAGGGGAGCAGAGCCAAAAAUAGCACAACUAAGCUGUUUUUCUUUUUUGACCCAUUGCGGCGCGGCAGCCCCUCAGUGUCAGUGCCAAAUGUUGCUCCCAUCAUAGCAUGGUCCUUAAUCUAAAUGAAAGCUGUUUCGUAAUGAGGCAAGGCUCCAAAAUGAGGUGGCUGCUUUAAAAAAAAUAUACUGUUUCCCACGUUUGCACUGCUGUCAAGACCUUGGAUCUGGGUUUAUGUUCAGACGUCAGGCUCAUCCUCUCCAGAGACACCGUUUGCGAUGGAUGCUGAGAAAAGGAAGCAGCUGACAUCAGCACAGAUUGACGAGUGCAUCCCAAUGCUUCUUGCACUAUUGGAACAACCUAAAAAUUCUUCUGUAGUUCGAGAUGUGGUCAUGGCCUUAAAAGAAAUAGUGAGUGAACAGAAAGGUCGAACUCGCCUCCUGGUUGAGCGAUGUGCAACUCAGGUGCUGCUACCAAUUCUACUGAGGCACCGCGACAUGGGUCUGUCCGAGCCGGCAUUUCUGGUGGCCCUCUGCAACCUGCUGUCUCGUUUAGCUGCACAAGAUCAAAAGUUCUGCUUGAGGGCUCGUGUUCUGGGUGCAUACAAAGUUCCAUUGGAAGAGCUUCGGAAAUUCAAGGUCAAAAUCAAGGUUAAGGUUGCCAUCUUGCUGCUGCUGAAAAGACUGAUUGGCAACAAGCAGAAUGCCACUCUUCUGGGUAAUGAGGGUCUGCUGACGGAGUUGUUCUACUUGCUUGACGGCAACAGUACGGUCUGCCUCCAGACUGCCUUGACCUUGGAGUGCUUGUCUCUGGCUACCUGCUCGAAGCGCAAUGUGCUCGAGCUGGUUCAGCGGGGCCACCUGAAGCAUCUGUUGGCUAUGAUAGAGACAUGCAACGUGGGUGCCCUUCGAGGGGAUGCUGGCCUCAACCGCAAGGAAAGGCUUCUCUAUCGUAUGAUGCGGGCGGACCUGGAGUGUCUUAUCAACAUUGCGAGGCAUAAAGCCGGUCGACGGGAGUUGCGGAAGCAAGAGGUGCCACAAUUGUUGUGGCGUUGGGCUUCAUCUCUUGGCCUCGGUGAGCAAGGCGACCGCCUUACGAGGGGAGUGUGCCAGGUGGUUCACAGAUGUCUACCUCCAUGGCCACUACCCAUCACCAAGGCCCAUGGCCCCCUGCAGUGGCCUCUUGGUACAGGCAGCAAUGAGGCCCUGUCAGUGGCUGAGGAGGUCCCAGGGACCCAUGCUUCCAGUGAUCAUGAUGAGCUGCAGUCUUCCCAAUCAGCCACUUCGUCAGAGCACGAGGCUGAGCUAGAUGACCCACCUGACACAGCAAAGUGUGAGCCUUUGCCUGAAAAAUACCAUUUGGAAGUGGACUUAGAGUCAUAUUCAAAGUUUUUCCCAGAAUUGAAGGACCAUAAGGGAGCUGUGGAUGUUGGCCCAAUUACCACUGCAGAGCUGUCCUUGCCUGCAACCACAAAGAGCACAGAAGUUGGAGAUCCUUUAGCAAAUCUCAAGUGUAGCUAUGAGCUUUUAGUGCAAAGCACCCAGAGUCUUGUGCCUUUGGUGAAGAUUGCCUUUCCAGAAAUGCUAGGCCACUUGCACACUGAGUCAUUGGAGCGGCUGCACUCAUGCCAAAAUUCUGGUGCAAGAAACAAGAUACUUGAAGAAGUGCGGAUUCGCCUGGAGAAUGCGAGGGAUUCAAACAAUUUUCCUGUUGUAUAUGACUAUGACAGUCUAGCCCUGCACAGCCUGCCUCCAUCAAGACCUUUGAUGAACAAUGAUGUGCCACGAUCUCUUCAGGAGGUAGUCUCUGAGCGGCUGUGGUUUGAGUCUCGCUUUGAAGGUGGAAACCUUCGUAAGGCUAUUCAGAUUGGGCCAUAUGAGUACAACCUGCUCAUGAGUCCAGACAUCAACACAAGCCUCCACCAUCGCUGGUUCUACUUUGAAGUGGCAGGCAUGCGCAGUGAUGUUGACUACACAUUCAACAUUGUAAACUUUGACCGCAGUGGAAGCCUGUACAAAGAAGGCCAGUGCCCCUUGCUGUUCUCGGUCAGGGAUGCGUCCAAUGGCCGUGGCUGGCGUCGUGUGGGUGGUGGCAUCAGCUACCAGCGCAACCUGCACUGGCGAGCUGACAAGGGGCCCCUCUUCACACUGAGCUUCACUGUCCGUUUUCCCCAUGCCGGAGAUGUGUGCUACAUUGCCAAUGGCUUUCCUUAUGGUUUCUCUCUGCUUAAGGCACACCUUAAACUUUGGCUCAGCUCAUAUGACCGCAGUAGCAUAUUCUUGGAGCGACAGGAACUGUGCAGAACCAUGGCUGGCAAUCCCGUGCCUCUGUUGACCAUCACAGCCCAGCCCUUGGAAUUAUCCAGGCCACACGUAGUGCUUAUGGCUCGAGUACAUCCUGGUGAAACAAAUUCUUCGUGGAUAAUGAAAGGAAUAAUUGAUUUUCUUCUGAGUGACAAGCCAGUUGCACAGCGAGUCCGUGAAACCUUUGUGUUCAAGCUGGUGCCUAUGCUGAACCCUGAUGGUGUCAUCAAUGGAUGCCACCGCUGUUCGUUGGCAGGCCAAGAUCUGAACCGGCAGUGGUCAUUCCCAGACCCAGACUUGCACCCCACAAUCUAUCACACCAAGGCACUUCUUGUCUACUUGGCACACCAAGGACACACUCCGCUGGUGAUGUGUGACUUCCAUGGCCACUCACGACACUUCAAUGCAUUCCUCUAUGGUUGCUCGCCGUCUCGUUCAUGGUUGCUCCACGACAAACCUCAAGAAGAUGAUGAUAUAUGUGAGGUGCUAGCUGCAAUCCUGCACCAGCUGAGCCCUGCUUUCACGUACGAGUCAUGUUGUUUUGAUGUGGAACGGAGUAAGGAGUCAACAGCCCGAGUGACUGCCUGGCGCCAGUUUGGUAUUCGACUAAGCUACACAUACGAGUGCUCCACAGGUGGAUGUGACCAGGGCAUGUAUGCUGGUUAUCACCUAGGUGUGGCUCAGCUUGAGGAGCUGGGAACGCAGUUUUGUGAAGCACUGAGUCGUCUGGAACUCACAGCUGAAGGUGGCGUGCAGCUGGGCCCAUCUUGUGCUGAACUACUGGACGUGUGUCGGCGGCAUGUCCGGGAGAAGAAGCGUGCUCCAUGCAGCAGUGGCAGCACAGACUCGCUCAUUGACGAAGAUGAGGAAGAGGAUGCAGUUCCCAUUGUGAAACCAUAGCUUGCCUGUGAUUUGCAAGAGCAGCCCCCCACCUACGUCAUAACCAAAAUCGGCCGCCUUGACUGGAAUUGUGGAUAAUGGAAUGGAAUCAAGUAAAAAAAAAUUGUUACAUCAUACCAGCCCACAUCUUCACAGCUGGAGCUUGCUCACAGUUGUGGACCAUUAAGAGUAAUAAAAUUUUACCAGCACAGUUUU